AUGACCUCGGCGGGUCUCCAGCUCCUUGCUUUUGCCCUGGCCUUAUCUGGGGUCUCUGGAGUGCUCAUGGCCACCCUGCUGCCCAACUGGAAGGUGAAUGUGGAUGCGGGCUCCAACAUCAUCACGGCCAUCGUGCAGAUGCAAGGGCUGUGGAUGGACUGCACGUGGCACAGCACCGGGAUGUUCAGCUGCACCUUGAAGUACUCCGUCCUGGCCCUCCCCACCCACGUGCAGGCCGCUCGGGCCGCUAUGGUCCUGGCCUGUGUCCUGUCUGCUGUGGGGAUCUGCGCUGCCACAAUCGGGAUGAAAUGCACUCGCUUAGGAGGGGACAUGGAAACCAAGUGUUACGCUUGUUUUGCUGGGGGAGUCUGCUUCAUGUCUGCGGGGAUCUCUGGUUUAAUACCGACGGUGUGGUACACAAAGGAGAUCGUAGCGAACUUUGUGGAUGUGACAGUUCCAGAAAGCAACAAACACGAACCCGGAGGAGCUGUCUACACUGGAUUCAUUUCGGCCAUGCUGCUGUUGAUCUCUGGCAUAAUUUUCUGCACAUCCUGUAUAAAAAAGAAUUCGGAAGCUUGGCUCCACCCAUCCAAGCAGCAGCCCAUCUCUACCACACAGCCAGAGGACCAUUUAGCAUACAGCCUGAAGGAUUAUGUGUGA